GAAAAAGAAAAAAUUUAAGAUAAAAUAUAUUUUGCCACUGAAUAAGUUGUGGGCCUUGGAUGGUGUGGUCUUUUACAGAAAAAAGGAAAACCAUAGUUCCAAGACCCUUUACCUCACAUGGCCCACUGGAAAUCUUCAUGCCAUCUUUCGUUCGAAAGAACAGAAAGAGCAAUGGUAUUAUUUUCUGAAAAGAGCCAUUGAUAAAGCCAAGAAAGGUAUCAAGAAAUCUUUCUCACUGCAGAUAUUCACUGAGGACAUCCCAACCUGCGACAGUCCUUUAUGUGUAUCAGCAACAACCAUCGAUACGGUGAAUGGUAUAAUGAAGAAGUUACUACCAAUGAUUAGAGUGCCUAACAUUGAAGACUACCAACUGUGGUUCUGUCCUAGCCAAUGGGAAGCUCCAAGAGUACUCCAAGGCUACGAGUGUCCACAUGAUAUUAUACUGACAAACCUUCAAACUAACUUCAGUAGACUGAAAUCAAGAAUGUUCCCAGCUUUUCCAGCCUUGCCUGGGCUGCUUGUGAACGACAUGUACUCGGAUGCACAGGGGCAAUUCAUCUUAAAGCCCAUCUCAUUGUACUCAGCUAGAAGCCAGCAGCAAA